AUGUUGCAGACAGUCAGUGAGUGGCUGUGGUGGGAGCGUCUGUGGCUGCCAGCAAAAGUCUCCUGGUCUGAUCUGGAGGACAGUGAAGGUCGUGUCUACGCCAAAGCCUCUCAACUCUACGCUGCUCUGCCCUGCGCCCUCUGCCUGCUCCUCGUUAGAUACCUGUUUGAGAGGUACCUGGCCACACCACUGGCUAAUGUUUGGGGAGUCAGGGACAGUGUACGUCUCUCAGCAGAACCAAACUCCAUCCUAGAAAACUACUUAUGCAGCCAAGCACAUGCUCCAUCACAGGCUGAUGUGAGGUCUCUGUGUAAAAAGAACAGCUGGUCAGAAAAGAGAGUUCAAGUCUGGUUCAAGAGGAGGAGGAACCAGGAGCGUCCAGGGCUUCGCAAGAGGUUCUGCGAGCAUGUGAACGUCCUUGUCUCUCUUCUUAUCUCAUGUCUGUCUGUGCUUCAGGGUUUUUCUCACACUCUGGCAGUUAACAUGAAACCUUGGCUUUAUAAUCUGAAAGAGGUUUGGGCAGGCUUCCCUAAACAGUCCAUGCUGCCAUCUCAGUACUAUUAUUACCUUUUGGAAAUGGGCUUCUACCUUUCUCUGCUCCUCAGCCUCACAUUUGAUGUGAAACGGAAGGACUUCAAAGAGCAGGUGAUUCAUCACAUAGCCACACUGACUCUUCUGAGUUUCUCCUGGAUUUCAAACUACAUCCGUAUUGGAACCCUUGUGAUGGCAGUUCAUGACUCCGCUGACAUACUGCUCGAGGGUGCAAAGGUAUUCAACUACGCCAAGUGGCACCGGACUGCUAACACCAUGUUUGUGGUGUUUACCGCUCUCUUUAUGCUGACAAGACUUGUCAUUUUUCCUUUCUGGCUGAUCCACUGUACAUGGGUGUACCCACUGGAGGAGUCAGCUCCCUUCUUCGGUUACUACUUCUUCAAUGUGAUGUUAUUGGUUCUUCAGAUACUCCACCUCUAUUGGGCUAUUCUCAUAUCACAAAUAGUUUACAAGUUUAUCUUCAGCAAGCUGGAUGGCGACGACCGGAGCGAUGAAGAGGAGGAUGAUUGUGAAUCACCAAAGGAAAGAAACCACAAAUUGAGUCACAUAAAUGGCUCUGGAGCCAGAGGCCGGGCCAAUGGCCACUGA